CAGACAAGGGCCACCGGCGUCCCCCCCGAACAGGAGGCGGCGCUCCCGUGGCCUCCCGCAGAGGGCGGGGAGGAGAAGGAGGCGGCAGCCCGUCCCGUCCUCCCCUGCGUGCCGAGCGCGGGAAGGAAGGUUUUUGGCGGGCUCUGCGGGGACAGGCAGACAGCCCGACUUUACCCAGCCGCGGGGAUCGCCCGGGCCGCCCCCUGCCUGCCAUGCCGGCCGCCGAGGAGCCGUCGAGCGGUCUGGAGGGCGGCGAGCCGCAGUACCUGCAGCAGGUCCGGCACAUCCUGCAGCACGGCCACCGAAAGGAGGACCGCACGGGCACCGGCACCAUCUCCGUCUUCGGCAUGCAGGCGCGGUACAGUCUGAGAGAUCAGUUCCCACUGCUAACAACAAAGAAAGUGUUCUGGAAAGGAGUGCUUGAGGAGCUGCUGUGGUUUAUCAAGGGUUCUACAAAUGCCAAGGAGCUCUCUGCAAAGGGUGUGAAGAUUUGGGAUGCCAAUGGAUCACGUGAGUUCUUGGAUAAGCAGGGGUUUUGCACCAGAGAAGAGGGGGACUUGGGACCAGUUUAUGGUUUCCAAUGGAGGCACUUUGGAGCAGAAUACAAAGACAUGCACACAGAUUAUUCCAACCAAGGAGUUGAUCAGUUGCAAAAAGUGAUUGAGACGAUCAAAACCAAUCCAGAUGACAGGAGAAUCAUUAUGUGUGCUUGGAAUCCCAAAGAUAUUUCUCUGAUGGCUUUGCCACCUUGCCAUGCUCUUUGCCAGUUCUAUGUUCAAAAUGGUGAACUGUCUUGCCAACUGUAUCAGAGGUCUGGAGAUAUGGGACUAGGAGUGCCUUUCAAUAUUGCCAGCUAUUCGUUGCUCACAUACAUGAUUGCCCAUGUCACAGGGCUGAAGCCUGGAGAAUUCAUACACACCUUAGGAGAUGCUCACAUAUAUCUGAAUCACGUGGAGCCUCUAAAAGUUCAACUUCAAAGGGAGCCAAGACCUUUACCCAAACUCAAAAUUCUUCGUAAAGUUGAAGACAUCAGUGACUUUAAGGCAGAAGACUUCCAGAUUGAAGGUUAUAAUCCUCAUCCACCUAUUAAGAUGGAGAUGGCCGUUUAAUGCUAUAAAAUAUCCUCUGUUCAUGUGGAAAUCUACCUAAGCUACUUAGCUUCCUCUGUACUUGAAGUUACUGGUUUUAAUAUAACUCUAAAGGUAUAUGCUUUAUUAUUGAAAAAUAGACCAGCAUUGCCUUCAGUACUAAGUUGUCAGAACAAAUCUGUAGGCAUAGAAUUUACUGCUGUUUUUUUCUAUUUAUUAUGAAGCAGAGUGGAAUUCCUGGCUUUUGGGUAUUGGAAGGUGAGUUUGGAUUAUUUUUUCCUUCUUUAAAUAACACAUGCAGUAUGCAAACGUUUUCCCAUUUUUACAUUGUUUGUAAACGAUGUAAACAACUCUUCAGCUAUUAUUUCUGAGUUAUGUUUGCUUACAUGCUUUAUUUAGUACUGAAAUAAGAACCUUUAUGUACAAUAGAGGGUUUUUUUGAGGAUAUAGAAGUCUUUAAAAUACAUAUGUUUAAUAAAGCUUUGUUU